CUGGAGAAGCACGAGCUGGAGGCGACUCGUUGCUCCCUGUUGGGCAACAGCUUCCAGUGCUUGGUGGUGGCGUGGAUCCUGUCGCACUGGGCGGUGAAGUUUGGGCACCUGGACACCGUUCCCUCGGUGGUUGAGAUGCGCGACUUGGGUGGAGGCGCCACGAUUGAGGAUGCCAGCGUCACCCUCGACGACGUCGGGAACGAUGAGGGCGCGCCCAUCAGGCAGCACAACCUGGAGGAGCCGGACGCAGCGCUGGGCCCGAGUUUCGUGAUCGUGGAGGAGUUGGCGCGUCGGGCUGAGGCUCGUGGCAGCGACAUCAGGUUGGACACCUUGGAAGCGAUGCGGCCAGAUCUGCGGCCCAGGAGGCCGAUCAGCGCGGCCCGCUGGACCUGGCGCGCAACCGCCAUCUGGGAGUGGAAGCGACCCUCACACAUCGCGGACCUCGAGGUCCGCGCGGCCGCCAGAUGCCAGUGCGUAGACCCCGGCGCGCGCGAGCGGCAGCCGAUCAGGCCACACGUCGACGCCUUCGAGCUGCAGUGGGGCUUGACCUGGACGGGUGCGUCAGAUCACGUUGACAAGCUCGACCUACUCGUAGCCGAGUGGAUCGAGUGGCUCUGGACCGAGGGCCACCCGCAAGGCCUGGCGGGCAACGCCUUGUCGGCAGUUCAGUUCUUCCUGCGGAAGAAGCGCAUCCUGCCAGCCUCUUGGCGACUGCUACGAGCCUGGCAGAACCUCGAGCUGCCGCAGCGCGUCCUGCCGUUGCCCGAAGUGGCCCUGCUGGCGAUGGCGGCCACGGCGAGAGGCUGGGGCCGCAAUGACAUCGCAGCGCUGCUCGUGCUGGGCUUCGCAGGCUUCCUCAGGACCACCGAGAUGCUGACGCUGCGCCGGUGGCAGAUAGCUAUCGACGAG